UAAUCUACAAUAAUUUAAUUUUAGAAAAAAAAUGCCAUUUUUCCGCCAACACUGUCAACCACACUGUAGAUCGCGCGGGAAGAUCGACCCGCUGCUUCCAUCGACAAUUUUGUCACCCUUUUCGUGUCAAAGCGGCCUUCCCCGUGCUCUAAGCUAUCAACCGGCCUAUCGGCCACCGUAUCUCCAGUGUGGAAAGCUAACGUAAAACGCAAAACUGGACACCGACGGAUUGUUGGGUACAUAAAAACCACAUUACCACCGGGCGCUUCAUUCUGCAGCAGUCGAGUGAAUCGAGCAAUUUGGGUUAGAAUAAUAAACGCUUCAAACGUUUCACACCGCAUCAAAGCAAAGCACAAAAAAAACAUACAAACGAUUCCGUACCGAGUGUCUGUCCAAGUGUCCAGCACAAUGGGUGUACGGCAGCGGCAGUGUUUGGUCUACGGCGGACUGUUGCUAAUCGCCGUCGUCGCUACCCUCGUGCACGGUGACUUUUCCUAUGAAGAUCCGGACCGCUGGGCCGAAACCGAUCCGGACUGUGGCGGUAUGCGCCAGAGCCCGAUCGACAUCGUGCGGUCGGCGGCCACGCUACCAUCGCUCGACCAUGCCGCACCGCUCCUGCUGGAGGGUGGUGCCCGCAAGCCCGUCUCGAUCGUGGUCACCAACAACGGGCACACCGCCCAGUACACGUUCCACUGGAGCAAGGAGAGCGAGCGGCCGACGCUGAUCGGCGGUCCGCUCCCGUUCGGCGCCCCGUACGUGCUCGAGCAGCUGCACUUCCACUGGGGGGCCGAUAACGGGCGCGGCUCCGAGCACACGUUCGACGGGGUGGCGUGGGCGGCCGAGGCACACUUUGUGUUCUACAAGCAGGAGUACGGUUCGUUCGACCAGGCCGUCACCCAGCCGGACGGGCUGGCCGUGGUCGGUGCGCUGUACGAGGUCGGCGGCGAUAAGGUGAAGCCGGGUGCGAAGUGGGCCGUGCCGCUGCCAAAAAUACGCCCCGCCGGCUCGACCACUACGCUGGAGGGCGGGGCAGUGUUCAAUCUGGAUUCGGUGGCACCGGGCGGCUCCUGGCUGCGGUACUACUCGUACGCCGGCAGCCUGACCACGCCGCCGUGCGCGGAAAGUGUCACGUGGAUCGUGCGCGACGGCACCUCGCCGAUCGCGCAGAAGGAUCUGGACGAGCUGCGCAAUCUGCGCGACUCGGCCGACCAGCCGCUGGUGGACAACUUCCGCCCGGUGCAGCCACUGAACGGGCGGCCGGUCGUGCGGUACGGAUUCUAGGACCUUCCCACUAGCACACCCAAUUCGUUCGCCCGUCCUACGCAGCCCGGUACCGGCCCAGAUGCUGCCCGGUAGUAGUGUAGUAGAACAACAGCAGUAGGACUGCGCACGUUUGUGGAUAUUAGAAAAAAAAAACGGGGACAUUAGAAGAAAAAACAAAGCGAUAUUGACCACGGGAAUGUUGACGGGCGUGUGUUUAGUAGCAGUGCACAAGUGACAACGAACUAGAAGUGUGAGAUACGGUUGGGGCACAAAAUACCCCGGUCCCGGUGAGGCAUGGGUAAGCGAUAAACUGGUUAUGCUGUCUAGCAGCAGCAGCAGCAGCAGCAGCAGCAAUUCACAUACCUAGGAGUCCCACCCACCUUCCGGGAGUACGUGUGUGUACGGCGGUGGUGGCUCAUAGUGCAUAGUGCCUUAGGGUCUUAAGGCUCUCAUUUUCACGGUCAUACAGGGCAGGGUGGUGGUGUAUCGGGAGCGUUUUUGGUGAACAUUGGAACCGUGUGCUGGAAUGGGUGGCAGCAGGAAUGGGCUUUUGGAAUGCGAACACGGCAAGCAAAAGGGUAAAGUGCCACUGCAAAAGGACCUAAAGUGAUCUCCGCUUCCGGGUUAGUGCAAACGGAUGAACGGAAUUGUAGCGAAUUGUUGUUUUCUUUUCUUCUUCUAAGGCUCGUGUGCACGCGGUUUGUUAUGAUCAUACAAGCAAGUUUUAAAUAAAAAUACACCUUCAGCAAGCA